UUUUUUGUAUUAAUAAUGACUAAAACGUCUUUUUAUAAAGUUCUUAAUGGAUGUAUUGCUCAACGAGAAAAAAAUCUAUGACUUUCCCAAUGGAUAUAUUGCUGGAACUAAAAAAAAAUUAAAUAAAUAGAAUACACAUCAACGAGAACAAAAUGGCAAACACAAUAUCGUUAAUGUCCAAUGUGAUACGCAAUGUAGUGAGCAAAAAUCGUAUUCGGUACAAAGGAGAGCGAUUCGACUUGGAUCUUACAUACAUUUACGACAAUAUAAUUGCCAUGGGGUAUCCUUCGCCAGAUAAACUGGAGCGCAUGUACAGAAAUUGUCAAGAAGAUGUUCUCAAAUUUUUGGAUGAAAAGCAUGGAGAUCAUUAUAAAAUUUAUAAUCUAUGUCUUGAACGCAUUUAUGACUCCAAUAAAUUUCAUGGGAGAGUUGCAAUUUUUCCGUUCGAAGAUCAUAAUCCUCCAACGAUUGAAUUGAUACAAAAAUUUUGUAAAGAUGUGGAUUCUUGGCUCAAGGAAGAUGUAUUAAAUGUCGUUGCCGUACAUUGUAAAGCUGGAAAAGGAAGAACAGGUACCAUGAUUUGUGCAUAUUUACUGUACAGUGGCUUACAGAAAUCCGCUGAUGAGGCCUUGGCCUGGUAUGAUGAAAAACGUACAAAGGAUGGUAAAGGUGUCACAAUCCCAUCUCAGCGACGAUAUGUUCAGUAUUUUUCAAACCUAGUUUGUUCUAGUGUUCCAUAUUCAAAAAAAAUGUUUAAAGUCUGUGAAAUACGGUUUUCGGAGUCCAGUUUGCUGAAAAACCUAGGGACGGUACAAUGUAAAGUAUUUGUACUACAGGACUCUACAACAGAAAAUGUAAAACAACAUAGAUUUGAUUUUCAAGAAUCUUGUGUGUUGAAUAUAAAUCCAUCUCUAUCGGUUGCCGGUGAUAUAAAAUUUGAAUUUGAACAAAAGUCUUCAGAGAAAGCAAUUUUCCAUUUUUGGCUAAAUACAUUCUUCGUUCAAAAUUCUUCAGUUUGCGAAUCCGACGGAACCCUUUUAAAAUGUACAUACACAUUAAAAAAAUCAGAAAUCGAUGGUGUUCAUAAAGACCGCAAACACAAAUUGUUUUCAGAAGACUUCAAGAUUUCCAUAUUAUUUGAGGGAGAAGCGUGUUUCAAUGAUGAAACGAAAUCGAAAAAGCAACCAAAAGCCGCAUUGGAAAACCAGGAUAUAUCGACUAAAAUUCAAUACGACACAACAACCAAUUUAAAAAAUGUCUCGACUGCGUCAAAACGCAAACAGCCCAAUAACAUACCUCUUGCAUCAAACUUAAAUAAUGAUUCCACAGGAAUGGAUUUAAAAAAAAUACAUACUUUCAAACCACCGUCCAUUACAAAAAGUAACUUAACCACUUGGGAGAAUGGUGAAAUUAAUAUCACCUCUGAUACUCGAAGUAUAAAUGAUAAUAAACACAUCAAUUAUGAUUCAUACAUCACAUAUAAGCAAUCUUCUCCAAAAGAUGGAGAGGAAGAUUGGGAAUCUGGUGAAUCAACACGCCUGUAAUCAAUACUUACGGACUUAUAAUUCUUGGUGAUGUAGAAAAAGACAUGGAGAACAAUAAAUUCGAAGCCACAGCACACAAAAUUUAACGAGAAGAUGCUUGCGAAGUAAAACAAAGAAAAGAGGACGAAGGUAUUGACAGACUCGCCACCCAUCGCAGCCCGGAUGAGGGUAUCAGGGGCAAAGGUUUCGGCCCCAGCAAAAAACCAGCACACGCCAAGAAAUUAGCUGGAGACCAGGUAGAGAUACCACCACCAAGAGCCAAGCAGGUGAGGAAGCAGACAACGACGUGCUUGACCUCGGACUAGCGAAAUCAGAAAGAAGACCAACUCCAGAACCAGAGCCACAACACGUUGCAAAGACCGGUACCAUCCUGACUGACUGGGAGGUACCAGCCGGUGCAAUCCUGACCGACUGGGAGGUACCAGCCGGCGUCCAAUUUUCGACAGCGCACAUGGACCUGGUAAAGAAGAGGACAUCCGAUAGCCCGCAACACGCACAGCGUCGGAUCAAGAUGCGAAAGGGAGUAGACGAAGCCACCGACAACGCCCUACUGUACAAAGAGACGGGAGGGUGACGCCCAGUGCCAGGACGUACAACGCCUGCGCCACAACACAUAUAUAAAUAGAUCAUCACAUCAUAUAUCAUUAAGAAAACAGCGUUGAUUUAUAGAUUAAGAAAAAAAACCUGAAGAUCUUCAUUUAAAAUAAAUUAAGCUUAAGCAUAAA